AUGUCUUUCUUAAUGAAAAGCAUGCUGAGUAACCAAGUAAAGAAUUUAGGACUCGGCCGUGGCUCUGAAGAAAGUAAAGAAGAAGGAGGGGCCUCUGACCCCGCUGCCACAGCAGGAAUGACUAGAGAGGAAUAUGAGGAAUAUCAAAAGCAAAUGGUUGAGGAGAAGAUGGAGAGAGAUGCCACAUUUGCCCACAAAAAGGCAGAGCGGGCCUGCCUCCGGGUCCACCUCAGGGAGAAGUACAGACUCCCGAAGAGUGAAAUGGAUGAGAACCAGAUCCAGAUGGCUGGGGAUGAUGUGGAUUUGCCAGAAGACCUCCAGAAAAUGGUGGAUGAAGAUCAAGGAGAAGAAGAAGACAAGGAUUCCAUUCUAGGACAGUUACAGAAUCUCCAGAACAUGGACAUGAACACGCUGAAAGAAAAAGCCCAGGCCACCUUCACUGAGAUUAAGCAGACGGCUGAGCAAAAAUGUUCGAUGAUGUAAGAGAGAGAGGGUGGGGGUGGGAAGGGAGGAAGAGAUGUGAAUUGGAGAAUUUGCUGGUUCCCUAAGGCUACCAGCCAAAGGAAAGUCAAAGGCAAAUGACAGGAUUCUAUUUUUUUGAUUAUCCAGAGUAUCAUGCAUGUAAAACUAAUGCAGAGAGAGUCAUGUCACAGUGUUAAAUCUUUAGAAGUAAGUAGGUGAAAGUAGUAGAAUUGUCUACCCCACCCUGUAGCUCACCUAGCAUGCUGUUAACCUGAGUAAAUUUUAAAUCAUAAAACAAGUGUGUUAAAUUUCAACUUCGAAAGGGUCAGAUAAGUCAUAUCUCCUCAGUAGUCUUUGAUUAAUGAAAUACAUCCAGUACUGCUCCCCCAGAUCAGCAUAACCCUUCAACCCCGUAAUACUGGGCACCAGCAUUAUUUGAUUAACCAAUCUAUCAUUAGCAUUUAUGGAGCACCUUCUCUGUGCAGAGCACUUAAAAAAGUACAAUAGAAUUAGCAGACAUGAUCUCUGCCCUCAAGGAACAUACAAUCUAGCAGGAGCAUUUUAGUAGUUUAGAUACAGGGACAUUUUCCUUAAUUAUAAGUCUUUGGUGUUUUAUUUGACUGGAUAAUUGCAAUAAGGUGGACCUGACCCAUCUUACAUGUUCAUUAUCUAAAAAAAAAAACAAUAAAAGCAGAAAAGAUGGUAA